AAGGCAAGGCAAGGCCUUCGGUUUCACAGAAAGAAUCCAAAUACUCAAAAGGUUAUUGAGCCUGAGACAAGAAGAGGGUUCUCUUUUAAUUCUGGUGUUCGUAACUAAGCCAUGGAAAGUGCAGCAGUGGUGUGAAAUGAGGUCUGUGAAGAUGGCAGCCAUGGCAUUUCCUGUUGAGCUGGUUGUUCUGGUAUUUCUCUUCUAUCCAACCGUUGGUUUGGUGGACUCGGAUGAUGGAGCAACAUUGUUGGAGAUAAAGAAAUCAUUCAGGGAUGUGGAUAAUGUUCUAUAUGAUUGGACAAGCUCACCCUCUUCAGACUACUGUAUAUGGAGAGGUGUCACUUGUGACAAUGCCACUCUAAAUGUUAUUUCUCUUAAUCUUUCUGGUCUUAAUCUGGACGGGGAAAUUUCUCCUUCGGUUGGAAACCUCAAGGGCCUGCAAACUUUGGAUUUGAGGGGAAAUAGUCUUUCUGGGCAAAUGCCAGACGAGAUUGGUGACUGCUCUUCGUUAAUAAAUCUGGAUUUAUCGUUUAAUGAGAUCUAUGGAGACAUACCAUUUUCCAUUUCAAAGUUGAAGCAACUGGAAAUGCUAGUUCUAAAAAAUAAUCAACUGAUUGGACCGAUCCCGUCAACUUUAUCUCAGAUUCCAAAUUUGAAGGUCUUAGAUCUGGCACAGAAUAAUCUUAAUGGCGAAAUACCAAGACUUAUUUACUGGAAUGAAGUGUUGCAAUAUCUCGGUUUGCGCGGUAACAAUUUGAUUGGUACACUCUCUCCAGAUAUGUGUCAACUCACUGGUUUAUGGUAUUUUGACGUGAGAAACAACAGUUUAACUGGAAGCAUACCUCAAACCGUAGGCAACUGCACUGCCUUCCAGGUCUUGGACCUGUCGUACAACCAUCUAACUGGAGAGAUACCGUUCAAUAUCGGUUUCCUUCAAGUAGCCACACUGUCCUUGCAGGGGAAUCAGCUAUCAGGUCCCAUCCCACCAGUAAUAGGUCUGAUGCAGGCGCUUGCUGUGCUAGAUUUGAGCUGCAACAUGUUGACUGGACCAAUCCCCUCUAUCUUAGGGAAUUUGACUUAUACUGAGAAACUGUACUUGCAUGGUAACAAGCUCACUGGGUCCAUUCCAGCUGAGCUCGGGAAUAUGACAAAGCUACAUUAUCUGGAACUGAAUGAUAAUCAUCUUACUGGGAAUAUUCCAGCUGAGCUCGGGAAACUCACUGAUUUAUUCGAUCUAAAUGUUGCUAAUAACAAUCUCGAAGGGCCUAUUCCUGAUAAUCUCAGCUCAUGCACAAAUCUGAACAGCCUAAAUGUCCAUGGCAACAAGUUGAAUGGAACUAUUCCGCCGUCUUUCCAGAGGCUAGAGAGUAUGACUUACUUAAAUCUCUCCUCGAAUGAUCUACGCGGUCCUAUCCCAGUUGAGCUGUCUCGGAUUGGUAAUUUGGACACGCUGGACAUUUCAAACAACAAAGUUAGUGGCACAAUUUCUUCAUCCUUUGGUGACCUGGAGCAUCUCCUAAAGCUAAAUUUGAGCAGAAAUCGUUUAACAGGAUUCAUUCCAGCAGAAUUUGGAAAUCUGAGGAGUGUAAUGGAAAUAGAUAUUUCACACAAUCAGCUCUCUGGCUUCAUUCCUCAAGAACUGAGUCAACUUCAAAAUCUGCUCUCCUUGAGACUUCAAAACAACAAUUUAUCUGGAGACGUGACAUCGCUGAUUAACUGCCCAAGUCUCACCGAAUUAAAUGUAUCUUACAACAAUCUAGCUGGUGACAUUCCCACAAGCAACAACUUCUCAAGGUUUUCAUCUGACAGUUUCCUUGGAAAUCUUGCCCUCUGUGGAUACUGGAAUAACAACAACUAUCCCUGUCAUGAAAUUCGUACGACAGAGCGAGUGACAAUAUCUAAAGCUGCUAUCCUGGGGAUUGCUCUUGGUGCACUCGUGAUUCUUCUAAUGAUCCUUCUAACAGUAUGCCGUCCGAAUAAUACGAUACCUUUUCCAGAUGGAUCACUUGAUAAACCAGUUACUUACUCAACUCCCAAGCUAGUGAUCCUUCACAUGAACAUGGCGCUUCAUGUAUAUGAGGACAUUAUGAGGAUGACUGAGAAUUUGAGUGAAAAGUACAUAAUCGGAUAUGGAGCUUCAAGCACGGUCUACAAAUGUGUACUGAAGAAUUGCAAACCCGUGGCUAUCAAGAAGCUCUAUUCUCACCAGCCCCAAAGCAUGAAGGAGUUCGAGACCGAACUCGAAACUGUGGGGAGCAUCAAGCACAGGAAUCUAGUCAGCCUCCAAGGAUACUCCUUGUCCCCCACUGGGAAUCUCCUCUUCUAUGAUUACAUGGAAAAUGGCAGCCUUUGGGAUCAUCUACAUGGCUCUAGCUCUAUCAAGAAGAAAAAGCUCGACUGGGACACUCGGCUUAAUAUCGCACUUGGAGCAGCACAAGGACUAUCAUAUCUACACCAUGAUUGUAGCCCUCGCAUUAUCCACAGGGAUGUCAAGUCAUCAAACAUUCUAUUGGACAAGGAUUUUGACGCCCAUCUCACUGAUUUUGGCAUCGCCAAGAGUUUAUGUACCUCAAAGACAUAUACAUCAACUUAUAUCAUGGGCACGAUCGGAUACAUCGAUCCAGAGUAUGCUCGGACUUCUCGACUAACCGAGAAGUCUGAUGUUUACAGCUUUGGCGUUGUGUUACUUGAGUUGCUUACAGGAAGGAAAGCUGUGGACAAUGAAUCAAAUCUCCACCAAUUGAUCUUAUCAAAGACAGCCAACAAUGCUGUAAUGGAGACAGUUGAUCCAGAAAUAACUGCAACUUGCAAGGACCUAGGAGCUGUAAAGAAGAUAUUUCAGCUUGCUCUCCUAUGCACCAAGAGACAGCCAUCGGACCGACCAACAAUGCAUGAAGUAACGCGCGUCCUCGGGAGUCUUCUUCCCUCCACCGAACCCCCAAAACCACCAACCAUAACAUCCAUGGCCCCAUCUGCAAAAGUCCCAUGCUACAAGGAUGAGUACGCAAAUCUAGAAACACCGCACGUGCUGAACUGCCCAUCCAUGAGCACGUCUGACGCCCAGCUCUUCCUCAAGUUCGGAGAGGUUAUAUCACAGAACAGUGAGUAACAAGCUAGGCAAACCUCUACAGCUGUGCCAAAAAAUGCCUUCCAAGAAUAGUUUGGCUUGGCGGGUAGACUUGGAAUUCUUGUAAAAAAGAGUUUUAACAACCCAACCCCCUUGUAACUUUGUAAGCUAUAAAAGUAGGGAAGCAAAGCAUGGACUUUCAUGUCUUGGUAGAAUUAAAUGUAGAAAAAUGAUUUUUGGAAGGAAAGAAAGUAGUGUUCCAAUUAAGGGAGUGAUUUUGGGGGUGGGGCCUUGGUGUUUGAAUGCCUGUGUUUAAGAGCUUUAAUGUUCAUGCUAGUAAUUGAUGAGUGAGAGAGGAUGAUGGCACUUUAAAGUGUUAACAGCAAGGCAGCAAUAAUUCACUUGGUCUGGGUCUUGA